AUGGGUCUCCGCGACAAGUUCAAGAAGAACGAGGGCUCGGAGAACGAGGGAGCAGCUGGACAGUCAACUCCCGAAUUCACCUUUAUCCGCACCGACACAUACACGCAGGAAGUCAUCCAUCCGCCAAGCGGCAAUGGCAAUAAUGAAGACUCUGGCGCAUUCCUGUCGGCCGACCCCAAGUCCGGGUCACGGCCGCGUCGCAGUUUCGACGUGUUCCGAAGCGGCCGUAGCCGCAGCGCCUCAGCCUCGUCGAGCGGCCAGGGUUCGGGGGCGAAGCGUCUGUCGCAACGCCUGCACUUGAGCCGCAGCCCGUCCAGUUCCGAGAACGUGCCCCAGGACCUGCCGGAGAUUGUGAUGCCCGAGGGCGGCGACGAGGACAAGGACGGCACUACCGAGUCGCAGUGGGAGAAGCGCGCCACUCUGCUCGCCCGCGAGAACGAAAAGAACCGCAGCCGGCCCGGCACCCCCGUCCAUGGCUCAUCCUCCGCGCCACCCGUGAUACCCCACCUGCGUUUUAGCACUCAGUCUGGUGGCGAUGCUCCUGCCCCCAAGGCCGUACCCCCGCAAGCCGUCGACGAGGAUAUUCAGGAGGCCAUCAGGUUACAUGAGGAGGGUAAGUUGGAAGAAUCGACAGCCCUCUUUGGCCGGUUGGCAGACCCCAAGGGAACCAAUAACCCCUUGAGCCAGGUUCUGUAUGGUCUCGCUCUGAGGCACGGAUGGGGAUGCGAACCAGACACUGCCAAGGCCGUUAGCUACCUCUCCGCAGCCGCAUCCAAUGCCGCCGACAUUGAGCAACUCGCUCUCCAGGCAGGGCUCAAGAAAGGAGGGGCUGCCAAGGGAGAGCUUGUUCUGGCCAUCUUUGAAUUGGCGAAUUGUUUCCGCUAUGGAUGGGGAAUCCCAAAGGAUCCAAUAGCCGCCAAGCAGUACUACGAGACAGCAGCGAACCUGGGAGAUACUGAUGCCAUGAAUGAAGUGGCAUGGUGCUAUCUUGAAGGAUUCGGCACUAAAAAAGACAAGUUCGCAGCGGCCAGAUACUAUCGCCUCGCCGAGAAGAACGGGAACAAAAUCAUGGGCAACAGCUGGAUCUGGAAGGAGAAGUAUGAUCCAGGGAACGGCAAGAAGUAG